AUGUGUGGUCAAAAUGUAAAGGAUCACGAUGAUGUUAAUGAUGGUGAUAGGGACCCAAGUUUAGGUGAUUUCGAAUCGAGUCAGAGAGGUCCACGUGGAACACUCAAUCAUCCACAACAAUCUUCCGAGCCUACGAUGACCACCAGCACCACCACCACGAAUAUCACCACACAGACCAGUGGUGGUGGUGCUGGUGGUGGUGGUAACAGAGUUUCGAGAAGUACAACUACUACAACUACUACAACUCACACACCACUCUCAUCCUUUAUGAAUUUUGCAAAAUCACCCAAACAAAUUGUACCAUCCUUAGCCUUAUUCCAUCUUUUGAAUCCUCAGGAUGACCAUCAUCACCACUCGAAUCAAAGUACUGUACUUUCAUUGCUAUCGGCUCGAACAUCAUCUUCACUCUCUCCAAGAAUCAAGAACACAGGUCGAGAGAAUUCCACUCUUGGAUCACUCACAGAUCGACCUUCCAACAAGAAUGUUACAAAAUCUACAUUGACCAAUGUGCAUUCAAAAAGUGAGUCAUCCUUAGAACUUUCCAAGACCCUUCCAACUUGUUCGACUGAGGUUGGAGGAGUGGAGAAUGAUCAUUCUCAGGUCAAGACAGAUCAAACUCUGAAAUGUAAUACUACCAUUAGCAGCACUACACUUGAUCACUCUACUAAAACUACCACUAAUACCACUACUAAUAUUAUUACUAAUAUCACCACCACCAUUCCAACUUUGAAUCACACUCAUUCCAAUACUCCUUCGACACCUCGAAGAUUUCCAAGAGUGGAAUUCUCCAAUCAUGCCAUCAAAUUGGAAAAGAAAAUUCUCGAUUCCACUCAAACCAUUCGAAUUCAUAAAGAACAUGAAGAUCGUGUGAAUUUGGUUCAUGAAUGUAUCAAACAAAUACAUUCACCAUGUCAAGAACAAGUACAAUUAGGAAUUGCUGCUCUCAAAGAAAUUGAUGCCAUUGAUUAUUCCAUUCGUUAUGAUGAAUAUCAAUCACCUUAUGAGAAGAAACUCUCUUCUCCAAGAAUUGCAUCAUUUUCAAAUGUUCAUUCCAAAUAUUUAGAAUCAAAAAAGAAACAAGUUGUACCCAAACAAGAAGAAACAUUUUCACCUCAAUUGAUAUCCAAACAAUUCAAAAACACAUCUCCUCGUUACUUGGAUUAUAUCAAGAAUGAACAUGUUCAGAAAUCCAACAAGGAAAUUAUUGAACAAAUGAAACAAGAAGCAUUAUCCAAGAGAAUACAAUCUCCAAAGAAUGAAUCAAAGCAAGGAUCUUUUUCGAAACAUUCCACAUCAGAUAUUAAUGAGGCAUCACCUGUUUCUUCUCCUCAACGAUUUUCAUCCUCCAAAUUAUAUCCUCAACAUCAUUCACGAUACCAUCCAUUGUAUUAUUCACCAAAGAAGGGAGUGAAACUAAGUGAACAAUUAGUUUCUGAAUCAACACCACAUUCAAAACCUUCCUCUCCAAUGAAAGGAGUUUCAUCUCCUAUUGCAAGCAAGUCACCUCAAAUUGUUCCAAAAGUGCAUUUAAUACGAAAUGAUGAGAAAUCAAAGAAAGUUAAUGACAAUUUGAAAUUGUUAAUGGAAUCUGGAUCACUAGAUGAUUACAAUGAUGAAUUUGAGAUUCUUCAUAAAUCAGGUUUGGAAGAUUCAGAAAUAUUGUCAUAUACGCUUGAAAACAAUACUGUGGAGGAUGAUGAUCUUGUUGUAACAGAUCCGAAUAUUACAAACAUGGAGCUGUUGCGUGCCCUGUCACCUCCUCCCAUUGAAGAGAACACUACGAAUACUAACGAAUCAAUGAUUUCGUUCGAAAAUGACAAGUAUACAACUUCAAAUAAGGAACAAGACGUUUCAGUCUCUCCAAAGAACAACCAAGUAGAGACAAUGAUACAUCAAGAAUUGACCCAAGAGAUGUCCAGUGAUACAACCAUGAUCACACUGCCAGAUUCUGACAUAGAUGUUGCAAGUUCUCCCAAAACCCAAGAUCAUCAAGAUGAAAUCAAAAUGGAAAACACCACCAGUGAGGAUGAAUUCGAAACAAUGGAUGCUGAUGAAAUGUCCAUGAAAAAAGAAUGA